AUGAUUGAUGAUGAUGAUGAUGAUGAUGAUUAUGAUGAUGAUGAUGAUGAUGAUGAUGAUGAUGAUGAUGAUGAUGAUGAUGAUGAUGAUGAUGAUGAUGAUGAUGAUGAUGAUGAUGAUGAUGAUGAUGAUGAUGAUGAUGAUGAUGAUGAUGAUGAUGAUGAUGAUGAUGAUGAUGAUAUGAUGAUGAUGAUGAUGAUUGAUGAUGAUGAUGAUGAUGAUGAUGAUGAUGAUGAUGAUGAUGAUGAUGAUGAUGAUGAUGAUGAUGAUGAUGAUGAUGAUGAUGAUGAUGAUGAUGAUGAUGAUGAUGAUGAUGAUGAUGAUGAUGAUGAUGAUGAUGAUGAUGAUGAUGAUGAGGAUGAUGAUGAUGAUGAGAUGAUGAUGAUGAUGAUGAUGAUGAUGAUGAUGAUGAUGAUGAUGAUGAUGAUGAUGAUGAUGAUGAUGAUGAUUAUGAUGAUGAUGAUGAUGAUGAUGAUGAUGAUGAUGAUUAUGAUGAUGAUGAUGAUGAUGAUUGAUGAUGAUGAUGAUGAUGAUGAUGAUGAUGAUGAUGAUGAUGAUGAUGAUGAUGAUGAUGAUGAUGAUGAUGAUGAUGAUGAUGAUGAUGAUGAUGAUGAUGAUGAUGAUGAUGAUGAUGAUUGA